AUGAAGCUCUGUGUCUCUGCCCUUUCAAUCGCAAAAGAAGGCAUGUCCUCGCAGGAUUUCUCCUGGAGCUGGGAUAUGCUUACAACUGGCCAUAAGGAAGCCGCUAUACCAGCGGCUCUGUACACACUUGCGACGUUUCUGCAAAGUGUGGGGGCACGCAACCUCCCCCUACUCCCAUACCUCAUGUUGUCGCAAGCAAAAGCCAUCAUCACGCCCGUGCUUGGGAUGUUUUUCCUCAAUCAGAAGUUUACCCGGAUCCAUUGGGUCUGCUUUGCCACAAUCACAGCGGGCGUCAUCCUGGUUCAGACAUCGCCAGCAAAUUCAGCAUCUACAGCAUCCACAUCCAAACAGCCACAAUCCCAAUCCCCAAUCCUCGGUAUAACCGCCAUGCUGCUGUCGGGCUUCUGCGUUGCACUAGCCGGCAUCCGAAUGGAGAAGAUGCUACGGAGCAAGGCCGCGUUCAUGUCUCGGAACGCCCAGCUUGCGUGGUACGGCUGGUUGUCUGCAAGCUUGGUCUAUUUUUGUCGGUCGCAGCGCGGACCCCCCGGCUUCUUCCACGGGUAUGAUCCCUUGGUGUGGGGGUUUGCUCUCCUCCAGGCGACUGGGGGUUUCAUCGUUGCUUGGUGUGUGGCGCUCACCGGAACCGUGACGAAGAACCACGCCCAGGUCGUUGGGUUUUUACUGGUGUCGACUGUACCGCUUGUGCUGCAGCAUGAUCUCAGAAUUCAGCAUGUCUGUGGCUGUAUGCUUGCAGUGGGCGCUCUAUUCGGAUAUGCCCGCCAAACGCCUACACCCAAAGGGAAAGGGAAACAAAGCGUCCAGGGUUCGGCGGAGAAAGCCGACACAAUGGUAUAA